AUGCUCAGGCCGUCAACGAAAACAGGGCAAUGGCUACUCUUCAGCGACAUCCACUUCAAGCAUCGAGACCUGGAUCGGGUGUGGAAGACGGCGCAAUGGAUCGUUUCCGAAGCGGAGCGGAACCGGGUCGGGCGGGCGAUUGUAUGUGGCGACCUGCUGACGAGCCGCACGAUGCAGCCAACGCAUGUUCUGUCAACGUGCUUCCGCUUCAUCGACCUCCUCAGCAAUGUCGUGCCGCGAGUUCACGUCUUGCUUGGAAAUCAUGACCUAGCAUAUCGCCGCGAGUACCAGACCACAGCUCUCGAUGCCCUGAAUAUCGGGCGCUUGUCGCCAUUUGUCUCGCUGCACAGCCGCAUUGCCACUCAUGAAUGGGACGGCCGUCGAGUCUUGCUGCUGCCAUUUCGCGAAGAGCAGGGCGAGCUCACAGAGGCCGUGGAUGCACUUGAUCCCGGCGAGGCGAGAGAGACGGUCUGCUUUGCCCAUCUUGCAAUCAACAAGGCCAUCACACAGCGCCACAUUUUCCGUCCUGACGGCGGCAAGCUCAGGGCUACGAGUUCCGUUACCUAUCGCGGCUUGACAGGUCCGGAUCGGUUUGCGUCUCUGGCACGAACCUUCACGGGGCACUUCCACAGCCACCAGACCAUUUUUCAGAAGCAUUUUGGACGCAGCAAAACCGAUCUUCAAGGCAGCGUCACAUAUCUGGGCUCACCCUUGCAGCUGAACUGGGCCGAUCUCGAUGACGAGCGACGAGGUGUCGUUCUGCUGAACCCAGAGACGCUUGAGCACGAGCUGCUCAUCAAUCCUCAUGCAGUUGGCUACACAACGGCCGACCUUGAGCAGGUUCUUGAUGGCUGCAUCGACGAAGCUGCCGUCGUGGAUAAGCAUGUCAUGCUCCUCGGAGAAUUAACGCUUCGCCGGUACGCCACAGCUCGUGACAGGCUUCUCUCGUUCGGCGCCCGGAGCGUGAGACAAUGGUCCCCCGCAGGCUUUGCCCUUGGAACUGAGCGCCUGCUAUCCAGUCGCCUCGGGGCAUCGGCACCGGCAAGCGAUGCCGCUGUACAGGUCCCGGAAGUGCUCAGUAAAGAUGACACGGACUCAAAUACAAUUAGAGGCGAUUCAAGCUCUGGUCUCGUCACUGAGCCUCCCACUCCAAAUCUUGAUAUCGCUGCCGAAGCUCGUGAGUUUGUCGAGUCAUUGCAGUUGGACGAGUUUCUUCGCAUGCGACGAGACGAGCUGGUGAGGGUUGGUCAGCGAAUGAUCCAAGUCUCCCGGGGGAUAGCAGACCAGAACGAUGAACCCGAAGCUCUGAACUAUCGAGACUUCCUCGACGAAUCAUCUCAGGCUUUCGGUACCCGAACCGCCACGGAUUUGGCUGAGUUCACGAGCCACGUCUUCACCGCCGAGCCGCGUCGGCUUACAAUCACCAAUUUUCUCGGCGUCCAAGGCACCAUUACCAUUAACUUCCAGCAGGACUUUCCACGAGCAUUAACCUUGUUAGUGGGUGACAAUGGCUCGGGCAAGAGCACGCUUGUCGAGGCCAUGGUUUGGUGCCAAUUUGGUCGGUGCAUCCGCAGUGGCCUGGCGGUCAAUGACGUGGUCAACGACGUUGUCGGGAAUAAUUGCUCUGUUGUGCUCGAGUUCACCAACGGAUACGCCAUUGCGCGAUAUCGCAAGCAUAAGAGCCACGGCAACCGCGUCAUCGUUUCCAUGGAUGGGGAGCCGCAGCCUCAACUAGAGCUUCCGGACGCUCGCUCGACUCAAGCAGCCAUCGAUGAGCUACUCGGCAUUGACUUCGAAACGUAUAUCAGGACGGUGGUGCUGAGUCACGAGAGUGCGGCGAGCUUUCUCAGUUCGACGCCCGUGCAGAGGAGAGACUUGAUCGAGACGUCGCUCGGACUGUCAAUGUUGGAUCAUUGCGCACAGGUGUCAAGGGUGUUACUCAAAGACGUCGACAACGAGGCGAACAAACUGGAGCGUAAGAUGGAAGGGUUGCUUGGGAAAAAAGAAUCGGCGCAACAACGACUGAAAUAUCUGGAUCAGACGCGAAAGCAACUCGAAGAGAAGGCGGCAAAGCUUGCCGCAUCUCUGGCGGUGGCGGUUCAAGAACUCAAACUCCUUGAACCAGGAGCUGAUAGACAAGAAUCAGCCAUAAGUGGCGAGCAUAUCGACGACGAGAUUUCGACGUUAAAGAAGCAUACACAAAUUGAGCAAGAGAAAUUGCGACGGCUGGAGAAAACCUACGCCCAGGUACGGUAUGUCCUGACACGACGACAAAAGCGCCCUCGGCCGAUGACAUGGCUUGAUCAGCUACACCGGCAAAUGAGUCAAAGGGCCGAGGACAUGGCUGCGGCUCCUUUGGGAUUGGGCAAAAUGUUACACGCCUCGAAGACCUUACUACUUUGGUUCCAGUGGAUAACCCUCAGGGCCCUCUUAUACGUAUCCGGAGUUCGAAAGGAUAGUUAUCAUAUAUCCAGCGCCCAAGACCAACAUCAAGAGGCAACUAUCCGCUGCCUAUGCGAAGACAUCCAGAGCAGCACAGCGCGGCUGCAAAAGCUGAAGCACGAGGUAGAUGGACUUCUGGACACAGUAUUUGCCCUGGAAGACCGACACGCCGGGACAAUUAACCACCAGCUUGACCAAGUGAUCCAGGCUCAAAAGAGAUGUGAUAUUCUGCAGCAGGAGGUUGCUUUCAAGCAAAGAGAUGCCGCUACUUAUCUGGACUUGAUGGGAAAAGAGCAGGCCUCUUUAGAUACGAUACUCUCAGAACACGCCGCCCUGGACAGCAAACUUCAACAGCUCGCCACCCACAGAGAACUCUUUGCCUUUUGGUCUUCAAACCUGACCAAGCGUACUCGUCGACCCUCGUCGUCAAAGAGAUCCACCGCGAACGCAACGGCCAAUUUCCGCGAGCACGUCCUCGUAAAGUCGCUGUCGGAGCUCAAUGCUUUGCUUGCGCAAGUCCUCAUGAUCCUGUACGACGAUACCCGUCAUGCGCGCGCUAUGGCAACAGGGAUGUUGCGAUCGCUGUUUGACUCUGACACUGUCGACAACAUAAUGAAUUCAUCUUCCUCCUCGGGGUCCGUCCUCGAUCGAACACUUUCCGUCAACUCAUCGCUCUCUUACGGUAAGCGAUCCGGCGGCGAGAGGAAACGCGUCGACCUGGCGCUCUUCUUCGCACUGCUGCAACUGUCAUGGGCAAGGAGCGCUCAUCGCUCACAUUAUCUUCUCGUUGACGAGGUGUUUGACAGUCUGGACGAGGCGGGCCAAGCUGCUGUGGUACGGUGGUGUGGUCUAAUAUCGCAAAGGAUGGCCGGCUGGAUCUUGAUGAUCACGCACAACCAGCUCUUGAUCGAGCAAGAUCCGGGGGAAGACGCGGGCAAGGCCUUGGUUGUGAGGGCGAGAAUGGGCCGGAAGGGAACAGAACUGCUUGUCGAUGGACGGAGAAUUGGUGUGUAG